GUUUUGUGUCCCUCCGCAAUCCCACACGUCCUUCCCUUUUCCUAUUUGAGAAAAUCAAAUCUUUUCCAACUUUCCAUCUCCCCAAACACCACUUUUCUCUCUCCUCUCUGCAUUUUCUCGGCCUCCUUAUAUUCAUACUGACUCCUCCUUUCCCUUUCAAGCUCGUUUUUUCUCAUCCUUUUUUCCUCCAUUUAUCUGAUCGGUGAGUAUUGAGUAAGGUAAGGACGAAUUUUUCUUUGUUAUCUUGGAUUUUCUCGGGAAAACUGUGGGGACCAGGACUUCCCUUGAAAAUUGAAGCUUUUUUUUCAUUAGUUUUGAUGGGUUUUGCUCGGUGAAGGGAUAUGUUUUAGUUUGUAUUGUGUUCUUUCUGUUUCAGUGCAAUAAAACAAAAGUCUGAUGACUAAAAGUUACAACUUUUGUGCUAAAUUUGUUGAAUUUCUUGAUUGAUUCUAAUGUUUUUCCGGUUAGGUGAAGUGGGUUGUUGGCAUCAGUGACCACGACGGAGGAGAAGAGGUACAUGUGAUUGUGGGGUUUUUGUUUGGCAGUGAACUGUUGAAUUUCUGGUCUGUUAGGGUUUUGUCUUUCAUUUUAACAGCUGUUUGAUCGGUCGUUGUGGGUCUCAGUCAAGGACCUACUUCGUGUUGUUGCUCAGAUAAUUGAAUGUGAAUUAUUGGGGGUGGGGGGGACGAAGCUCGAGGGUACAGAUUUUUCUACAGGAACAUUUUCUGUAUUGUCUGUUAUGCUUCAUAGAAAUUAUUGAUGUGAGAGAGAGAGAGAGAGAUAAGAGGGAAGUAGGAUACUGACUAUAUUUCAGGAUUUGGGUGGGGGAAUUCACUGCAUGUGCUCCAAUAAAUAUGGGGAAAUUGACAGAUUUUACUGGGGUAGGGCUCUUGAAUUUGAGAAUAGUGUAGAUUGUUUGGAAUUAUGCUGUUAGUUUUUUUCAGACAUAAUGAAAUUAAAGGGGGACAGUUUUGUACGGGUAUUCUAGUUUUGAAUUCACAUGCUUGAAUUGAUUCAGCUUGAUUUCUUUGCUUCACUAAUUGUUUUUUGAAAGAUAUAGAUUCUUAAUGGAUUGGCAACUGAUCACUUGCAUUACUUGAAUUAUUCUGGUGUACCGUUCAGCAUUUCCAUGAGCUUUCAAGUUGGGUCAAUUCAAGGAGGGAUUAGUAUAGUUAGUGUAAAUCUGGGUUAUUAGUACCAAAGAGGGGAAGGAAUAAAAGCAAUACCAUUUCAAGCAAAAACAGACAGAUUAUUUGCAAAAUUUUCAACCGACAAGCUCUGAGUAACUUAAAUGGCCAGAUGACAUACGGUUCAGAGUGGGACUUGGAGAACCUGAUGAUGCUUAAUGCAUCAACUACUGAAAUUCCUAGGAAGUUACGGUCCACAGAGUGGGAAAUUGAUGGAGGAAUGGACUCCGGGUCUCUCUAUGCAUUUGGAGCUGGAAGUAGUGGUGGUUCUGGCUCUGAUUUGGGACUUGCCUCUUUGUCAAAGAGCUCAAAAUCAGCAUCUAUUAAUUCUUCAUCCUUGGGGGAGGUAAAUGGGAACAAAUUUACAUUGGAAGGCUUCGAAGGUAUUCCAAAUGAUAUUGGCCAUAAGAAAGACUUUGCCAAGGUUGAGCGAACUGGCACUUCACCUGUUGAGGCUUCAGUUGGCUCUGGUGAGCCAUUACUUGGUUUAAAGCUUGGUAAAAGAACAUACUUUGAAGAUGUUUGUGCAGGAAAUAAUGCUAGGAGUUCAUCUUCUGCUAUGCCUGCAUCAUCUGUUAUUCCAGCAAAGAGAUCCAAAGCCAGUGGUCAGAGUACAAAUGCUCUACAUUGCCAAGUUGAAGGCUGUAACCUAGAUCUGUCUUCAGCCAAGGAUUACCAUCGCAAGCACAGAGUGUGUGAAAACCAUUCAAAGAGCCCAAAGGUCAUUGUAGGUGGUCUAGAACGUCGGUUUUGCCAGCAGUGUAGCAGGUUCCAUGGGCUGUCAGAGUUUGAUGAGAAGAAGCGAAGCUGUCGCAGGCGUCUUUCUGAUCACAAUGCAAGGCGUCGCAAACCACAGACAGAACCAGUAACUUUCAAUGCUGCAAGGCUUUCUGCAUCACCAUAUGGUGGGAAGCACGAGAUAAGUUUUGUUUGGAAUAGGGUUCCAUUUAUUCCCACAAGGCCUGUUGAAAACUUUGCAUGGGAAGGCACAUUCGGCUCCAAGCCUACACAAACGAAAGUUUAUACUAAUCCAAAAGUCGGAAGCAUUAAUGGAGAGCUACAGCUACCAGGCAAUGAUGUGUUGAAUCCUCUUGCAAAGCGUAAUAAUGGUUCAUAUGGAUCUUUACUCCCAAAGGCUAAGUGCAGUGCUGUGGUUCUUGACCAAGAUGUUGAAGAAUCAACAAUGUCCACAAAUAUGGGUAUGACCCAAGAUCUUCAUCGUGCUCUCUCUCUUCUGUCAACUGAUUCUUGGGAUUCAUGUGAACCAAAACAGGGCUCACUUGACUACUCCAUGCAUGCAAACAAUACCAAUAUCUCUCAGCCGAUGAUGCAUACAAUUUCCCAAGGUUUUCCUGUGUCUUUAUCUGAAAACUGGCAGAUUGAACAGCAGUCCACUGCAUCCCAAACAACCUUCCAUGGUGAUGGUGACAAUCAUUUUCAAGAAUUCCAGCUGCUCAGGUCGCCGUAUGAUAGUGGUUUCUAUUCAAACCGGAUAAGCUGACUCCCAAACUUGGUCAUCCGCAAUAAGUUCCCAUAUUAAGAUUGCCACUUUUACAUCUUUUCCAGUGCCCUUUUUGUUUCUUUCUCCUUCACAUCAUUGCCUUCAUUGAAAAUGCAAAUCUAUGAUCCAUUUUAUUCCCUCACUUUCACUCACUGCACGUGCACAUGAAAAUUCACCCAUAACUUGGUUGCCCAUUUGGCUAAAUUUUCUUCUGCUCUCAAACUACGGUGAGACUUUAAUUGCUUUGAUAGGCCAUCAUCAUAUCUGGCGACUGAAGUGUAUUGAUGUUGUGCAACAUUUAAACCAGGGAAUUCUGGCAGUGUAGUCUUUUCUUUCUGUAAUGUUGAAACUUCAGUGGCAUUGCUUUUUUUAUCAUCUUGCCUUGUUAAUUAUGUUUUCUGGAUCUCACGAGACACAAGUUGAUUUGUUUCAUUUCCUUUUUCUUUCAAUAUAGUUAAGUACGACUC